GGCGCUCCGCCCCUUUCCCCUCACGUGAGCGGCGGCUCCGCGCUCUGUGUGAGGGAGCCUCCAGUUUCCCCAAAUCCCCUCAGAAUUUGGGGACCCCCCCGACCCCCCAGCCAUGGAGGAGGUGGACAAGAUCCUGAUCCACUCCCUGCGCCAGAUGGGGACGGCCGUGCCCCCCGAGGUGCAGAGCGUGCGGGAGCUGAGCCCCGAGCUGGUGGUGGAGGCGGCCGUGCGCUGCCUGCGCGCCGUGCGCCCCGCGCUGGGCGCCUCGCUGAGCCCGCUGCUGCCGCCCGGCAUCUCCGCCCGCUUCCGCCUGGCCUCCGAGCUGGCCGCCGCCUGCCAGGAGCUGGGCUUUGGGGGUGACGUGGGCUACCAGACCUUCCUGUACAGCUCGGAGCACGACACGCGGCGCCUGCUCCUCUUCCUCGUGGAGAAGCUGCCCCGGGACGAGGGCGAGCGCGGCGCCGAGCCCCCCGGGAAGUCGGGGGCGCUGCUCCGAGCCAUCGGCGCCAGGAUCAGGGAGCAGCUGGGGACCCCCUGGGUGCCCCCCCUGUGCCGCACGCCCCGGCUGCAGCGGCUGCAGGGUACAAGCCACCUCAAGCCUUUCGCUACCUGCCCCCUGGUCCUGCCUCAAAGUGGGGGACCCCCAGAGCUGCAGGAGUAUUUUGGGGGUGCGGCCCCCCCGGUGCCAGCACAGCCCCCCCUUUCCUCGCAGAGCCCCCCGGCCCUGCUGGAGGCCCACGCUGCCCAGCUGAGCGCCCGCCACGACUGGGAGGCUGAGUGGGGGGGCCCCGGCCUGGCCUCCCGCCUGCCCCCCCAGGAGUACCUGGAGCGGAAGCGGCUCCGGGCGCGGCUCCGGGCUCUGGAGUCGCUGCGCCAGGCGUGUCCCCCCCACCCCCAGGGACCCUCCCCGGGGCCCCCCCUGGACCCUGCCUGGCUCCAGGAGGCUUUUGGGGCUGGGGGCGCCGGGGGGGCCCUGCCCAAGGGGUCCCGCUUCACCCGCACCCAGCACCUGACCCACCAGCAGGCGGGGGGCUCGGGCCAGGCGGCCGAGGGGGCGGCGCUGGAGGCGGCGCUGGCGCAGCUGGAGGCCGAGAUCGAGGGGUGCCAGGGGCAGCUGCGGGCGGCCCAGCUCAGCCUGGCCCAG